UGGAACCAAGAUCAACUGAAUCUUAUAGGACAGCUUCAAGAGGGAGGAAAUGUUGCUGUGGCUGGAGAUAUGCGUGCUGACACGCCAGGACACUCAGCAAAAUUUGGCAGCUACACCAUUAUGCACAUGGAAACCAACAAAAUUCUGGAUCUUCAACUAGUUCAGAGCAACGAGGUUGGUGGAAGUUAUCAUAUGGAAAAGGAGGGAUUGAAGCGUUGUCUCGAUAAGCUCGAGUCUAAUGGUUUAGCUGUUGACUACAUCGUCACCGAUCGCCAUCCGCAGAUUCAGAAGUACCUGAGGGACUGCAAUAUCACUCAGUUCUAUGACGUGUGGCACUUUGAGAAAGGUUUAUCUAAGAAACUUGACAAACUUUCAAAAAUGAAGGACUGUGAGGUGCUGAAAAAAUGGUUGCACAGCAUCAAAAACCAUGUUUACUGGGGUGCGAUUUCCUCUGAGUCUGGGCCAGAAAAGGUGGCGAAGGGGAAUUCACUGCAGAACCACAUCCAAAAUGUACAUGUUCAUGAGAACCACCUCUUCCCCAAGUGUGAACACCCAGACAAAGUUUCCAGGGAUCCAAAAAAAUGGAUCCAACCAGGAUCAAUAGCGCUCCAUAAAGUGGAAAAGCUAUUAUACAACAAGAGAGUUCUCAAGGAUAUAGAAAAGCUCAGCCACAACUUUCAGACGUCAUCACUGGAGGCUUUCCACAGUCUGAUUUUGCGUUUUGCCCCAAAGAACGUGAUUUUCCCUUUCAUAGGAAUGUUGUGCAGGCUGUAUCUUGCAGCAAUGCACUAUAAUGAAAAUGCUAACCGUGAGCAGGCAACAACAACAGCAAAGCCAGUGAAAAUAGAACCAACAUACAUCUUUGUGGACCCCAAGCCAUAUGCAGAAGAGCUGCAUGCAAUCCCCAUUCCACCUCCUCUGUCAUCACAGUAUGAAAAACUUUCCAAAGAAGAGGUGAUUGCCCAGUGUGUGUCACGAUUCAGUCGAGGGGUGGCCGGAACCCAACAGACUGUCCCGCUGGAUCAGGAAACUGUAGACGGAUCCGGUUAA